ACUGAACGAGGCAGCCUGAGCUGAGUCGGACUGGGCCUUUCCCCCCGCCUUGGCAAUCCCAGUGGUGUCUGUGGCCCGGGGGCGGGGGGUUUCCUUUUUUUUUUUGCCUUGAAAAAGGGGCUCUUUGGAUUAUCAGACCUCCAUGUAUGACAAUUUGUACCUGCAUGGAUUUGAAGACUCUGAGGCGGGAUCAGCAGAUUCAUACACAAGCAGACCAUCAGAUUCUGAUGUAUCUCUGGAAGAGGACAGGGAAGCCAUCCGCCAAGAGAGAGAACAGCAAGCAGCUAUCCAGCUUGAAAGAGCAAAGUCCAAGCCUGUAGCAUUUGCUGUCAAGACUAAUGUCAGCUACUGUGGAGCGCUAGAUGAGGAUGUUCCCGUACCAAGCACUGCCAUUUCUUUUGAUGCCAAGGAUUUCCUACACAUUAAAGAGAAAUAUAACAAUGACUGGUGGAUAGGAAGAUUAGUUAAAGAAGGUUGUGAAAUUGGCUUCAUCCCAAGCCCAUUAAGGUUGGAGAAUAUUCGGAUCCAGCAAGAACAGAAGAGAGGACGUUUUCACGGAGGGAAGUCAAGUGGGAAUUCAUCUUCAAGCCUUGGAGAAAUGGUGUCUGGCACGUUUCGGGCUACACCCACUACCACUGCAAAACAAAAACAAAAAGUGACAGAACAUCUGCCUCCAUAUGAUGUUGUCCCAUCCAUGAGACCUGUUGUGCUAGUUGGCCCUUCUUUGAAAGGCUAUGAAGUGACAGACAUGAUGCAGAAAGCCCUGUUUGACUUCCUGAAGCACAGGUUCGAUGGGAGGAUAUCAAUAACUAGAGUGACAGCUGACAUUUCUCUUGCCAAGAGAUCGGUUUUAAAUAAUCCAAGCAAAAGGGCAAUAAUUGAACGGUCAAAUACCAGGUCCAGUUUAGCGGAAGUACAGAGUGAGAUUGAACGAAUUUUUGAACUGGCACGAUCCUUGCAAUUGGUUGUUCUAGACGCAGAUACAAUUAAUCACCCUGCACAACUUAUUAAGACAUCGUUAGCUCCAAUUAUUGUCCAUGUUAAAGUGUCAUCUCCAAAGGUUUUACAGCGGCUGAUCAAGUCAAGAGGAAAGUCGCAGAGCAAACAUUUAAAUGUCCAGCUGGUUGCAGCCGAUAAGCUUGCACAGUGUCCGCCAGAAAUGUUUGAUGUUAUUCUGGAUGAAAACCAACUUGAAGAUGCUUGUGAACACUUGGCAGAAUACCUUGAGGCCUACUGGCGUGCUACACACACUACCAGUAGCACACCUAUGACACCUUUGCUUGGAAGAAACCUAGGCUCCACUGCACUAUCCCCUUACCCUACUGCGAUCUCUGGAUUACAGAGCCAACGUCUGAGGCAUAGCAACCAUUCUACCGAGAAUUCUCCAAUCGAACGGCGAAGUCUAAUGACCUCAGAUGAAAACUACCACAACGAAAGGGCUCGGAAGAGCAGGAACCGCUUGUCUUCCAGUUCCCAACACAGCCGAGAUCACUACCCUCUGGUGGAAGAAGAGUACUCUGAUUCGUAUCAAGACUCAUACAAACCUCAAAGAAACCGGGGGUCUCCUGGAGGAUAUAGCCAUGAUUCCCGACAGAGGCUUUGAAUUGACGAACCUAGGGGCAAAUGGUACUCAUUGGUUGGCCACCUGCUGUUGUAACAUAGCUAGGCCAAACAAAGCAUCUUGAUGCUUACAGGCUGCUGUCAUUUCGUGCUCUAGAAGGGCAAAAGAGGAUAGAUCAAUGUUUCUCAACCUCAGCAAAUUUAAGAAUUUAAGGAAAGAAUUCCAGGAGGUGAAGACCAUUCACCUUAAAGUUGUUGAAGUAGAGAAACACUGAGAUAGAUAAUGCCCUUUCCAUUUAGAACGAAACGAGUUUGCUCAAACACUUAGAUGUGUUUUCUUUCCCAUGUAAUGUUUCAUUUCAAACUGUUAUCUUUUCUCUCCAUUAGAUAUAAUUAGACACAUCAAUUUGUAAUGUAGAAUACCUGUUGAAGCGCACAUAUGAUAAUUUCCUGUCACGGAAAUUCCAAAUGACCAGUUCCAGUUGGAACCAAUUUAUAAACCAAUUCCUGUUGGAAUUUGGGUGAAAUUGACUGGAAAGUCAACCUGAGCAUGUUGCAGUCAGUGAAAAAAAAAGUUAAAUAAAAUGAAGAGAAAGUAAAUUACAAAAUCAUAAGCAAAAAAAAAAUUAAAAAAAAUCUCUAGUACUUGUUUACUGGAAGGUGAAUUUAUAUAUAGCUAUAGAUACGGUUAGAAUAAAUAAUAUUAAUGUAUUUAUUUCAGACUACCAAAUGUAAACACUCAACUGUGCCAAAAAUAAUGAAUGAAUGGAAAAGCUCAAAUCCUUUCCACUUUAAACAUUAGUGGAUUUUUUUUUCUCCCACGCUUAUAUAUUGCAGCAAACCUGUAUCGCAUUGAUAUUUUUUGCAUUUGCUAGAUCAUAUGAAACUAUUUCAGCAACUUGAAAUAAACUAGAGGUGAAGACAGGCAUGUUUUAAAAAACGUGGUGGAAAUGAAUGUACGUUCUGUAGCACAGAUGAAAUGGAGUUUCAUUCCCUGAACCUGGAAGGUGUGAAGAGUGCUCUUGGUGUGUACAUCUUUGUACAUGAAGGUCUUCUGCAUGUUCCAAGUCUAU